UUAGUACAAACAACAACUGUUGGCAGCACGCAAAGCCAGUCGCACUAAUUGAUUCAUCGCUUAGUUCUUUUCUCUUAGCGUACGUUCUCCAUGCUCUGCAUGAGUACACAUUAAUCUCCAAGAAGCUCUGGCUUCGCUGGAAUCCAACAAAGAGAACGUAAAGCUGGAGUGCUGUGCAAACAUGAAAGUAUAUCAAAAAGUAGGUGAGUGCCGAUUAGUUGAAAUUUGAGAAGCCAAUCGAAAACAGCUGUUUGAAAGACCACAAAGUAAGUCAAUUUUUGAUAAGAUUUCAUUUCGUUACAAAAUAAAAAUAACAUUUCGAUAGCGCGCAUAGAAAAUUUUCAGUUGCAAUUAUUGCUGUGUCGAAGUCGAAAGUCGCGCGCCCGUCUAAAGUGAGCCACGCGCCGUGAGCUGUGACGAAAGCAAAUAGAAAAGUCUUAAAUCUUGCAGAAGAAGCGGAGAUCAUGAGUAAGUCAGCUAAGGCAGCGCCUGAACAGCGCCGCAUAGUCUGCGUCGGCAUGUGUGUGUUGGACGUAAUACAUGUGGUGGAGCAGUAUCCCGAGGAGGACACCGACAAGCGUUGCCUAUCCGGUUAUUUGCAGCGCGGCGGCAACGCGUCCAACAAUUGCACCGUCUUGCGGCAACUUAGCGCGCCGCAAGUCGAGUUUCUGGGCAUGUUGAGUGGUUCGGCGGCCUUUGGAUUUCUGCAGGAAGACUGCCGCAAGCGUAAUAUUCUGAUCGAGAAUUGUCCGAGCACCGGCAUGGAUCCACCAUUUUCUUCGGUCAUACUCAACAAGGCGACCGGUUCGCGCACCAUCAUACACUCAAAUCCCGGAUUUCCAUCGCUGGAAUAUGAACACCUCAAGCGACUUGAUCUAAAGAACUACAGCUGGGUGCAUUUCGAAGGACGCAAUCCUGAGUCGGUGCUGAAGUUUAUACAGGACAUACGUAACUAUAAUAAGAAAUUGACUAACCCAAAAGAUCACAUACGUAUAUCCGUUGAUUUGGAGAAAAUGAAGGAGGAAAUACUCGCACUGGGCGAAGCAGCUGAUUUUGUGUUUCUGGGCAAAGAUUUGGCCAUCCACUUGGGCUGCAACGAUCCGGCGGCAGCUGUGAUGAGUUUAUAUGACAGAUUCAAUUCACAGUCUGAAUUGGAUGACACAAAGCCGGCUAUAAUAUGCCCGUGGGGAGCUGAGGGCGCUGGUUGCGUGGAUCCAAAUGGCAAAUAUACGUUUGUGCCAUCAAAACCGGUCUCCGAAAUAGUGGAUUCGCUGGGAGCUGGUGACACCUUCUGCGCUGCCGUUAUAUAUGCAUUGCAAAAGCUCCAGAAAAGCUUGCAAGAGGCGGUGCACUUUGGACACGCUGUUGCUGGUUAUAAACUGGGGCAUCGCGGUUACGAUGCCAUAAAGGACUUUCAUCAAGGCAAAUGAGCGCAUUUUAAACCGUUAAAACGUGAGCUGCAGUAAUCGCCUGCUUUGACAGUCGCAUAGAACACAAUUAGAUUAUAAAUGGUGACGUUGUAACUCUUCUAAUUAUAAUAAAAUCUCUUAAAAAUUGCCAAAACUUUGUGCGUCCACUUGUCGGUAGACGCCACUUGUCGA